AGCAGGUGGCGACGCCUUCCUCAGCAGCGAUGUCGUCCCCACUGAGGUCAGCACCUGCCACACCCACACACUCCCGCGGAUCCAUAACCCACGCCUCACCCUCUAGGACUGGCGGCUUUCACGGCCCGUUGGUGAUGGUACCGUCCCCAAGUCGCCCCACCCUAGGCUCUCCUGCCACGUCCUCACCUACCCACGCCUCCCAGAGACCUCUCCUCAGCUCUCCCGCGCCUUCCAAAACGCCCGCGAUAGAGCACAUGCCCUCGCACCCGCUUCAGCAUGGCAGUACCAAGGUGACACUGAACGCCCCUUGCUCCUCCCCCGCCAAGGAGAACCCCAACAUUGGUAAACAGUCGCCAAAUAUUCUCCAGCAAGCGAAGACGACUAAGUCCGGUAGCAGUUUCUCAGGACUCCUGCAGGAGAUGGGUAUGUUACCCCUGAAGGAGGAGGACAUGACUGACGACUCCAUGGGCGAGGAGGAGGAAGAGGAUGAAGACUCGAUGAAUGAGGAGGAAGAGCAGAAGAAACCCGACGGGGGAGACGCUCGGAGGAGGAAGACAGCAGGGAGUCGAGGUGGGGUGCGGGGCAGGACGAGGAGCCCACAGCAAGUAGCUCGCGUGCGUCGCAACCGCCGCAUGAAGGCCAACGACCGCGAGCGACACCGCAUGCACAUGCUGAACAAUGCACUAGACCGCCUGCGGACAGUUCUGCCUACUGCGCCGGACGACACCAAGCUCACGAAAAUCGAGACACUGCGUUUCGCCCAUAACUACAUCUGGGCGCUCAGCGAGACGUUAAAAGGCCUCGACUCUCACACGCCCACACACCAACAACACCUAAGCCUGAGCGUGGGCGUGAGCGGCGCCCCGGUGAACCCUCAGGUCCCCGCCGACGUCAACAUGUACCAGGGAGGUCCUCUCGGGCCCCCCACGCCUUACUGUGGUCAGGGUGGUGAGGGGGACGUGUGGGGGGCGGCCAGUGUGAGUGUGGGCGGUGCUUUCAACCCCAACUCCGCCCAUCCCCAGUACAUGCACUACCCCAGCCUACCCUACCAGUGCCUCUGAUGCCCCGUCACUCAUCCUUACCGUGCCACUACCCUCCCAGUGCCUCUAAAAUAGUGCCUCGGUUGACUUUAAGUCCAGUACCAUAAAAUAAGCGUCAGCAUAUAAGCCUGGCGUUCUCUGUCCAGCACCGACACACAUGUGUAAGCUACACCAGACGAGCGUUCAUCUGCCUUCCCUCCAGCCCACAGUUAUAUAGGCACACACUUGUGGAAGUUCUACCAGACGAACGUUCGCCCACCUUAUGCUCACAGUGGUGCACAAGACCCCACCAGCAGCGGCUCGCCCUCCAGUGCCUGAGUGAGGUAGUCGACACGAGUGUUAUCGUCCCCUCACUCUCUUGAAUAAUUAUUACCUACAUUAACAUAUCAUUAGAUUUAGCAAAAAACUAACCCAGAUUACUUUUUUUUUUACCAACAACUUAGUGAACGAUGCUUAACCGUGGCAGAACAAUAAUAGAACUGUUUUCAUAGUUUUACCAUAACACAUUACGGAUUAUUACGCCUCCGUAACCCAACAUAAAACUUAUUAAAGGUGUUUGUUGUUGAGACUAAGACCUUACCAGUAGACGUGUCUCGAGCAACAUCAACAACAACACUGGAUAAUAAGGACAACAGAUUCUUGGUUUUAUUUAACACUUUUGACCUUUUGAUUUAACCCGUAGAGUACAACCUGUUGACCCUAUUGAGUAAGAUGUCUUUAAUCCCUUGAGCACGAUGUUAUCUUGAUCAAGGAAAUAAGUCAUUGUAUUUCAGAGGUUAAUUCAUCAUAUUCCAAGGGUUAAGUCAUCAUAUUCCAAGGGUUAAGUCAUCAUAUU